AUGAGCUACCCCCAUCACUCCGGGUCGCCCUCGGACCCAUUGCAUCGGCGUCUGCCUGCUAGCAGUGCACCGCAUUCGCCUUUGCAAGAAUACCUUAGUGUCGGUGGAUAUCCAGGUGGCUCACAAGGCUUUGGCUACGACUACGACGGCUCGCAAGCCAGCACAUCGCCAUCCCACCGCUCCCUCCCAUACCCGAGCCCCAGUCUCCAAGGUCGUCAGCACAUGGGUGUCCCCCACCCUCACGACCACAUGUCUUCCUCUGGGAUGGCACCGUCUGUCACGUUCGAAAUGCACGGCAGCUCCCAGCAACAGCAGCACCAGUUUUUCCCAAACGGCAUGGUCGAUGGAAACUCGGAGCCGAGUAACAAUUUAGGUAACAGUGGAAGUCCCUUUUCGUCGUUCCACGAUGGCCAGGCCAGCGGCUCCAUGUACCUUGUCCCCCCAAUGGACUGGAGUCCCAACCAGCCGCCUCCCGGAAACUCGGCUCAGCAAUCGGCCUCGUCCGGGCCCACCAAGGGGACCAAGGGCAACCCGAACAAGGUGCCCCGUCACCAGUUCACUGCGUGCGGCGCCUGUCGCCAUCGUCGCGUCAAAUGCGACCUUCGUGCCCGCCAGGAGGAGGCGGAGCGCGACGCCAUGCUUGAGGACACCCAGAACCCCUUGCGACGCCGCAAAGUCAGCUGCACCAACUGCCAGGAGCGGGGAACAAAUUGCGUUGAUGAAUAUGCCCCACUCAAGGCAGCCAAACAGCUUCGGCGCGGCAAGCGCAUUUCGGAGAUCGAAAUGCUGUACGGCAAGUCUGCGACGGACGCGGCUCUCGCCUCACAGGGCGACGAAGGCGAGCGCUCCCUUAGCCCGGGCGGACGCAAGAUGGACCGUAUCCCGGAGUUGUCGCGCGAGUUCUUCGAGUCACCUUUCUUCCGCCGCUUCCUCAUCCAGCGUCCCAUUAUCGACUCGCUUGAUUUCGUGACACUCUAUCUUUCAAAGCCCAUACCUUGUGCAGCUGCGAUGGGCUCAGUGGGUGCUGUUCUCUGCCACUGUCUUUACGCGUGGGGCGUCUCUUAUGGCGUCGACGAACGCGGCCAACUCGAUGUGGCGGAAGGAAGUGCUGAGCCUCUCAGUCCUUUGAACCUUCUUAACGCCGGCGAGUUGGAAGCGAGGCGUGAACGAGACCGCUUGCGCCGGCUGGAGAAGCUCCAACGCGUCGUCCGGACCAUUCUGCGCGAAAUCGACGAAUGCGGCCUUCUCCGCAGGCCCUCGUGGGACGGCAUUCGGGUCCUUCUUCUCAUUCUCCCUCUCACAGAAGGCAUAUCAACUCCCGUCGAGCGCCAGGCGCUGUAUCAAGCCGCCCUUUCCCAGGUCCAGCUGCUGUGCACCUCGAGCAGCUUUGGAUAUGACGGACUACCCGUGAUACUUCCGCCUCACGUCUCACUUAACGACAAUAAGGCAGAGACCAUCCGUGUCAUUCAGCAGCGGAUUUUCUGGUACGCCUUCGUCCACGAAAGCCUCUCCGUUGGGCUCCAGGGCGGCAAGCUUUGCCUCGACGACGACGAGAACGACCUGCAGUUCCUGGAGCAGGCGCUUGAGAAGCAGCCUCUCAUGUCGUCACCCGGCCACUUCCACAUCUCGCCGGGAAUGGUAGGAGCACCAGUGCGAUUUGCACUCGCAUGCCGUCGUAUCCAUGCCGUUCUCAGCAGCGUCAAGGCUCGCAAACGCGAUGUUCCUAAUGUCGAGCAGCUAAACGCCAUCUGGGAGGCGCUCGAGCAGUCGUGGGAAGAGUUUGAAAGACUCAAGUCUGAGCCCGCUCCCGCUCCCUUCAGAGAGCGUGAUGAGGUGAUGCGGUUCGCUGAUGGCUGGAAAAUCAAUAUCUUCAAGGCGCAGACUGCUAUUCUCCGGCAAAUUGAAGAUCGCCUUGAGCGCCUCCAGAACAAGACCAGCAUGGGUAAAAUCGACCCUAGCUCGCAGCCUCCAUCGCCCCUCUCCAGCGACUUGAUGAGCGAUCUCAACCAGCUUCGUCACCUCCACGAGCUCGGGCGCACUCGUUGCGAAAUCAAGCUGCCGCAGGUGACAGACAUUAUUCGCCGUCAUGUCGGCGGACAGAUGUUUGAGUGGGACGCUGGCCUUGUUCGCGACGGCGCCUACCACGCCGCGAUGUUGUUGGUUGCCAGUGGCGGCAGUGACGAUGACGUCAACAUCUGCCUGCAGGCACUCAACCAGGGCCGCUGGGUGCACUCCAAGUCGUCAGAGCACUCGCAGGACCUGCGCAAGGCGUGGUACGCGAAGCGCUUCAACACUGGCUCGCCCAGUGCAGAGCCCAAGCACAGCAUGUCGGACAUGGGCGACAGCUCGGCGCCCAAGUCGCGCAACGACUCGCCAUUCACAUCUCCCGCUUUCGACUCGUUCUCGAAUGGUGUGCCCACGCAGCCCUCGUCUGCGCCUCCCGGCUGGCCCAACACCAGCGGCCCGCAGGGCUAUUCGCCACACCACGAGGCGCAUAUCCAGCGCAGCAAGAGCGACACCUCCGCGUUCGGCGCAUACCACUCACAGGGGAUGAUGGACUCCGUCAAGCAGGAGUCUCACGCGCCCCCCUACACCAGCACGCCGCCCGGCUACUUGUUCGAGCACGACGGCGUGCAGCCCGACGGGUACUUCCAGCCGCAAGAAGGACACAUGUUCCCUUUCGGCAGCCAGCACAUGUCCUAA